UGAUUUCUAAUGGCGGCCCUGUAUAUAUAUAUAUAUAUAUGUUGAGAUGGUACCUGCACUCAAACUACAAACUUCUGUUUGCGGGUGCUGGGUCAACUUCAAAUGUAUAAUUCUUAUAGAUGGACCCGCACUCCAAAUACAUGUGAAAAAAAGACUUAUUUAUUCAUCACUUGCGCAUCCAACGUUUUGCCCCACUGUGGGGCCUUUAUCAAGGACAGAUCCAUCACAGAUCCAGCCUACGAGCGGCACUGGAUCCAGAAAGUAACAAACUGGAUCUUUCACAGCAGCCUGUGGCUAAACACUGGGCAGAGGCCAAACACAGGUGUCAUUCAGGUAUCAUUCAGGUGAAUGCCAAUAGAACUGCUCCCCCAGAGAGAGAGGGGGAGACUAUGAUAAUAUUCUGUAUAAAAGAGAGCCUUUUCUGGAUACAAGAGCUGGACUGUGCAGCACCGAGGGGCCUCAAUGGGCAACAGGGGUUCAAGUUUGGAUAUGCAGGAAAGGGAAGUUCCAGAGGAAAGUGCUUUGGAUUCUAUUUGCACAGAUAUGAGGUGUCUUAAAGAGAUCUCUCCAGAUGAGCCAAAAACCACUGAAAAAGAUGUCACCAAAACAUGCCCAGGAGAACAGAGCAUUAGACGUCGGCGAAAACCUCUCAGAACCCACAGAAAUCCAACGAGAAGCUCCCCAGAGAGACUGUUGUUAGAUAUGACCAUCAGUGGAGAUGUCCCGGAGUCUUUAUACAAAAACAAGGGGGUGUCUGGGAGACUGUCGGCACACAUUGGCAGUACAGGACGGGCUGUGCCCUCAGACGUGCCAUCUGCAAGUUCAUUCAGCCACUGCACUGACUUGUACCCACAAAGGGAUCCGUUUGUAUACAUGAUGCCACCUACGGCAAACAAACAAAAUGAAACUAGUGAACAGCAUCUGGUACCGGCCGCAAUCUGCACCAGCAGAUCUGCCAAGUCCCAGAAGAAAACUAGCACUAAAGCCAAACCUUUCCUAUGCACCAUAUGCAGCAAAAGGUUCAGCCAGAAAUCCCUCCUUAUUCAGCAUCACCGAAAUCACACGGGAGAAAGACCCUUCCCCUGCAUUGAGUGUGGGAAGAGCUUCACCUCCUGCUCUCUCCUCAUUCGGCAUCACAAAAUUCACACUGGAGAAAAACCCUUUGCCUGUUCUGACUGCGGAAAGCGAUUCAGCGAGAGCUCCCAGCUUGUCCGACACCAGAGAACUCAUACAGGCGAGAGACCCUACACAUGUAUUGAGUGUGGGAAAAGCUUCAGUGAAAGUUCCAAGUUGGUUAUACACCAGAGAACUCACACAGGAGAGCGGCCAUACUUAUGCAGUGACUGUGGGAAGAGUUUCAGUGUGCGCUCACAUCUUAUCACACAUAAGAGGACUCACACUGGAGAGAGACCCUAUACUUGCAAUGACUGUGGCAAAAGCUUUAGUGAGAGCUCAAAACUGGUCAUGCACCAGAGAAUCCACACCGGAGAGAAACCCUACACGUGUACUGCAUGUGGCAAGAGCUUCAGUCAGCGCUCGGUGCUGGUUACACACCAGAGGAUACACACUGGAGAAAAACCCUACACCUGUCCCGACUGUGGCAAAAGUUUCAUAGAUAAAGUUGGCUGUGACAGACACCGUGUAACUCACAGCGAUGAAAAGCCCUUCCAGUGCUUAAUCUGUGGAAAGAAUUUUAGUCGCAACUCAGAUUAUAACAAACACCAGAGGACCCAUACAGGAGAGAAGCCAUAUUCUUGCCUGGAGUGUGGCAAAAAUUUCAGUUGGAGCUAUCAACUUGUUAGACAUCAGCGAGUGCACACUGGGGAGAAACCCUAUACCUGUAUUGAGUGUGGCAGGAGCUUCUGCUGGAGCUAUCAGCUAGUCACACAUCAGCGAUCCCAUACUAUGGAGCCCUCAUGCUUAUAGACUGGGCUCCAUGUUCAUUGCUAACCCUAAGGUUAAGGGAUGCCAGAAAACAGAGGCUCCUACUUAAAUGUACAUUUAUUGGCAGAAAAAAAGCCUCACUGACUCAAACUCCAUGUUCUGGCCAGAAUUGGCAUAGAAAUAGGAGAAAGGCUGGUUCCUAGAUAGCUGGAACUGAACUCUAUUUAUGGGAAGAUUCUUAUCAAUACAAACUAAGGCAGUUCAUGUUAUAUAGCUCAGCAAAUAGCAUCAUCCAUCCAUUAAAUGUCUAAGAAGAACAUCUACAAGAUUUAUUAGGACUUGUCUACGUGAAGCCUUUAGCUGUGAGGAGAAGGGCAUCUGUCCCCAUGUACCACAAAGCACUUAUUGAUGUCACUAUUACUCUAGAUAUGGUUGUAUGUUGAGAUGAGAAUAUUUUGGGUGUACUCAUGAUAAUGGCAUGUGAUGGACUCCUAUCGAUUAUAGAAUGUUGAAGAAGAAUGUGCUUUGAUGAUGUGCCCUCAAGCCAACUGAAUGAGGAGCACAAGGCAUGGGAACUGAGAAUGUGAUUUAGUGCAGAGAAGAGAAGUUCUGCACACACUCAUUGUCCCAUUCUCAUUGUUGACUUCCGAGUAGACAUUAGGGUUAUGAACUCUUUUCUGCCUUGCACAAUGAAUAGCUCACAUAUACCGUCAUUAAAACAUUUUUCACCCAA